UGUUGCUUUGGUCGCGGCGGAACCUUAGCUUUUUCGCCAUUUUAAACCCUGGUGAGGGGAGUCGCCGAGGGCCCGUGGGCAACGUGGUUGGGCCCUGUAAAGCUAUGCCGUUAACUUAGUGGUUUUGGUAAAAAAUAAAAAGAAAUAAACUGCUUUGUACUUCGUUGGUAUCAAACGUUUAUUCAAUUGACAGAUUUAUAUUGAUUCCCUAUCAGCCAUGUCGACGGAGGGAGCAGCCGAACAGACUGAGUAUGUUCCUGAAAAGGUGAAGAAGGCAGAGAAGAAGUUGGAAGAAAACCCAUAUGACCUUGACGCUUGGAGCAUUCUGAUUCGAGAAGCACAGAACCAGCCCAUAGAUAAAGCAAGGAAGACCUAUGAACGACUUGUGUCGCAGUUCCCAAGUUCUGGGAGGUUCUGGAAACUUUUCAUUGAAGCUGAGAUCAAGGCUAAAAACUAUGACAAAGUAGAAAAGUUGUUUCAGAGAUGCCUCAUGAAAGUUUUGCACAUCGACCUGUGGAAAUGCUACCUCGCAUAUGUUCGAGAGACCAAAGGAAAGCUUCCCAGUUACAAAGAGAAGAUGGCCCAAGCGUACGACUUUGCCCUUGAUAAGAUUGGCAUGGAGAUAAUGUCUUAUCAGAUUUGGGUCGACUACAUCAACUUUCUGAAAGGAGUGGAGGCUGUGGGCUCGUAUGCGGAGAACCAGCGGAUCACUGCAGUCCGGAGGGUGUACCAGAGAGGCUGCGUGAACCCCAUGAUCAACAUCGAACAGCUGUGGAGAGAUUAUAGCAAAUAUGAGGAGGGAAUCAAUGUUCACUUGGCAAAAAAAAUGAUCGAUGACCGGAGUCGAGACUACAUGAAUGCCAGGAGGGUGGCCAAGGAGUACGAGACCGUUAUGAAGGGACUAGACAGAAAUGCCCCCUCAGUCCCCCCCCAGAACUCCCCCCAAGAGGCAGUGCAGGUGGACAUGUGGAAGAAGUACAUCCAGUGGGAGAAGAGCAACCCGCUGCGCACAGAAGACCAGACGCUCAUCACAAAGAGGGUGAUGUUUGCCUACGAGCAGUGCCUGCUGGUGCUGGGCCACCAUCCUGACAUCUGGUACGAGGCUGCACAGUACCUGGAGCAGUCCAGCAAACUGCUGGCAGAGAAGGGGGACAUGAAUAACUCUAAAUUGUUCAGUGACGAGGCGGCUAACAUCUAUGAGCGUGCCAUCGGGACUCUCCUGAAGAAGAACAUGCUCCUUUACUUCGCAUUUGCCGACUACGAAGAGAGUCGCAUGAAGUUUGAGAAAGUCCACAGCAUUUAUAACAAACUGCUGGCCAUCGAGGACAUCGACCCCACCCUGGUCUACACCCAAUAUAUGAAGUUUGCCAGGAGGGCGGAGGGCAUCAAAUCGGGUCGUACCAUCUUUAAAAAGGCACGGGAGGAUCCCCGCACACGUCACCACGUGUACGUGUCUGCGGCGCUGAUGGAGUAUUACUGCAGCAAAGAUAAAUCAGUGGCCUUUAAGAUUUUUGAACUCGGUUUGAAGAAGUAUGGAGACAUUCCAGAGUACAUACUCGCAUACAUUGAUUACCUCUCACACCUUAAUGAGGAUAACAACACCAGAGUUCUGUUUGAGCGUGUCCUCACCUCAGGAAGCUUAUCAGCUGAAAAGUCAGGUGAGAUCUGGGCUCGCUUCUUGGCCUUCGAGAGCAACAUCGGUGACCUGGCCAGUAUCCUAAAGGUUGAGCGCAGGCGUUUCACUGCCUUCAAAGAGGAAUACGAGGGCAAAGAGACAGCUCUGCUAGUGGACAGAUAUAAAUUCAUGGACCUGUAUCCCUGCUCUGCCAGCGAGCUCAAAGCGCUUGGAUACAAGGACGUGUCCCGUGCCAAACUGGCAUCAAUGCUCCCAGAGACCGUGGUAGCACCAUCAGUGCCUGUGCUAAAAGAUGAAGUUGACCGUAAACCAGAGUACCCCAAACCAGACACCAAUCAGAUGAUCCCUUACCAGCCACGUCACCUGGCCCCUCCAGGCUUACACCCUGUUCCUGGUGGAGUUUUCCCCGUCCCCCCAGCUGCUGUGGUCCUCAUGAAGUUGAUUCCUCCACCUACCUGUUUCACUGGUCCUUUUGUUCAAGUGGAUGAGCUCAUGGAAACGUUCAGGAGAUGCACACUUCCUGAGACUGUGGAUGCUGCUGUAGAGCUGAUCACUGGCAGACAUCCCGAUGCAGGAGGCGAAGGCAACGGAUCCAUGGAGAACCACACCAUUACCAAGUCACUCAAGAGGCCAAACGCAGACUCGGACGAAGAGGACGACAAAGGCGCCGUGGCUCCGCCCAUACACGACAUCUACCGCGCCCGCCAACAGAAGAGGAUUCGAUAAAGGAAGCUCAGUGGAGGUCUUUUUCAAGAAUGUAAUCUUAACAGGUGUUCAUUGGAAAACUUUUACUUGUCCAGGUGGCAGAUGAUGUUCAGCAAACACACUCAAAUGUGCACUCAUUCACUUACUCUGUUUUGGGGGGG